AUGGAGUCCGAAUUGAUCCGAUACGACAAUUCAAUAAUGCAUAUUUUCACGGCCGAAGCAGAUGGUUGCGGUGGUAUUGGCGGUGGAAAUGGCGGUGGCAACAAUGGCGGUGGUAGAGAAACGAAAACGGUACUUAAUUGUCCGAAUCCUGUCGCAAAAUAUUGCUACUAUUGCAAAACAGUCGUUUGGACGAAAAUAAAAUAUUAUCCCACGUUGAAAACGAGAAUUAUCGCCAUGGGACUAUCAUUUUGUUUAUUGUGUUGGGUUCCGUUUUUCUGUCAUUGGAAAUCCGAAGUCGAUCAUCAUUGCAGUUUUUGCAAUAGUUAUUUGGGUACCUACGAUCCCAUACUCGAACAAUGUUUUUUCGACGGAUUGAAUGGUAUUCGUAAUAAUAAUAAUGAUAAUGAUGAUGAUGGUAACGUGACGGCGGUGGAUGAAAAACAAAAAGAAGAUGUCAAACAACCGCAAAAAAAAUAUAGAGAAGUUGGUAGGAGGUGCGGGGAAUACGGUGAAAAAAUCAGUAGGAGAGAAGAUUUAAUAAGGGAAUGCGGUAGAGAAACGAAAACGGUACUUAAUUGUCCGAAUCCUGUCGCAAAAUAUUGCUACUAUUGCAAAACAGUCGUUUGGACGAAAAUAAAAUAUUAUCCCACGUUGAAAACGAGAAUUAUCGCCAUGGGACUAUCAUUUUGUUUAUUGUGUUGGGUUCCGUUUUUCUGUCAUUGGAAAUCCGAAGUCGAUCAUCAUUGCAGUUUUUGCAAUAGUUAUUUGGGUACCUACGAUCCCAUACUCGAACAAUGUUUUUUCGACGGAUUGAAUGGUAUUCGUAAUAAUAAUAAUGAUAAUGAUGAUGAUGGUAACGUGACGGCGGUGGAUGAAAAACAAAAAGAAGAUGUCAAACAACCGCAAAAAAAAUAUAGAGAAGUUGGUAGGAGGUGCGGGGAAUACGGUGAAAAAAUCAGUAGGAGAGAAGAUUUAAUAAGGGAAUGCGUGGAAGAAACAACAGUGGAAGAAACAACAGUGGAAGAAGCAACAGUGGAAGUAGCAAGAGUGGAAGAAGAAAGACUGGCAGAAACAACAAUGAAAGAAACAGCAGUGGCAGAAACAACAGUGAUAAAAGCAAAUGUGGCAGAAGUAACAGUGGAAGGAGCAACAGUGGCAGAAACAACAGUGGAAGGAGCAACAGUGGCAGAAACAACAGUGGAAGGAGCAACAGUGGCAGAAGCUGAAGCAAAUAGUUAA